AUGCCGAGACAGAAAGAUACUAAGCGCAUUGACCCUUCACGGGCGCGUCCUCCAGGCCAAAAUGCCGCGUCUACCGAGUUGCACAAUGUCUUUAAAGUGAGUGGUAGUCCCAUCAUUAGUCCGCGAUCGGUUCGCCCCUGCAUCGAGGCCGAUAGUGACGGCAACUUAUGCAACAAUGGCGAAUCCCUGUCUGGUUCGUCUCCAGCCUCGACAACUGUCCUCGUUGCUGCUGCAAUCGCUGCAAAUGAGGCACGAAAAGCGCUUGAAGCCGAGCAGGUUGCCAGCGCUAGUUUACAAGGUCGCUCGGGCGUGCAGCUUGUUUUGCAUCAGAUGCUAGCAAUGCACACGCACUCAUUAGCGCAGCUUGGGGUUGCAAGAGCCGAGUUUCCAAACACCAAGUUGUCGCUGAAACAGGUCGAGAGCCUGCUGCGUCCAGUUGUGACGCUGUGCAAUGCACUGCGAGCAGAUCAUUUUGGGAUCCACGUCCCGACGCCACAGAUUGCGCGCACAAUGAACGACGUCCACUACUGGAAGCUGUGGGAGUCGGACUAUAUCGAUAUUGGAAUCUUUUUCAUGCCGCCGAACAGCACCAUCCCGCUGCAUAACCACCCAGGCAUGAGCGUCGUCACAAGAGUAUUGUAUGGGAUUGCUACUGUAACGUCGUACGAUAUCCUGUCGGACGCAGAAGUACAGAUGCUGGAAGCAGGAAGCGAAGUCGUCUAUGAGGACGCUACUUUUAGCUCCGAUGCUGUGAACCCGGAAGCUGGAUCCGUGUCAUGGGCACGAAUCAGUCGGGAAGGUCACUUUGGCCCGGAAUCGACCACGUGGUUAGACCCUCGUCGGUUCAACUUGCACAACAUUCAGGCGAGCUCUGAUAUUGGAUGUGCGAUGCUAGAUAUCAUGGUGCCGCCUUACGACAAUGCGAACCGGGAUUGCCACCAUUUCAAGAUACUGGAGCAAAAGAUGGUGCGCAACGAGCGAAUCGUCAAGAUGUUGGAAAGUGUUAAACCGGGUCAGCAUAUGGACCCGAAGAUAGAGUAA